ACCGAAAAUCGCGUGUGCGCGCUAGGCGCGUGGUUUACUCAGAGCGGUCAAACGUCGAAACGCGAUCCUGCCGCAAUUCCGUAUUCCGUGUUAUAUGUUUUGUUUUGUGGACGCAAUUCUUAUGUAUAUGUUUUGUGCAAUCCAGAAUCCAGAAUCCACCCCCGCGAAAGACUCCAAAUGUCAGAUAUUUCAGAUAUUUGUUGUUUUGAUGAUUUUGUUGAGAUUUUCAAAGUUUUGUAGAUUUUUUGCAUCAGUUUUUCCAUCCUGGAUCCAGCACCGCCCUUUUAUCAGCCUAGCAAGAGUUAUGUUUUUUUGAAACAUCGACUGUGUAAUAUAUAUCAAGUUUAAUACCUUCAGAAUUAUGGCCUUCUAUAGAACUGUGUUUGUAAUUUAAAUCGGGCCGAACUUAGGAAGUGAUCUAACGCAAAGAUACAAUGGCUGGGAUAGUUCCCAAAAAACAGGGCUCAGGGCGAAAGCAAUGGACCUUACAUGGUGGUCAGAAGAACUCGCUUAAGAGAUUGAGAAGCCAGAUGGCUUCUGAUGGAUGCCCUGAAUCACAGGUUGUUUUAGCCAAGCAGCUCUUGGAGGAGGAAUGUGGUAUGUCAGCAAAAAGAUCUCUCAAAAAAGUAUUCAGAAAACUACUCUCAAUAUAUUGCAGCUUUUCUCAUCCGAAAUUUGAGUCUACCAGAAAUGAGAAUGCUGAGCUGGGUGUUUAUUGGCUUAUCAAGGCAUCACAACAGGGCAAUUCUGAAGCAACAGACCUGCUGAAGCAAUGUUUGCAAAAUGGCAGAGGCAUUGCAGAUCACAACUACAUGGAUGUCAAAUCAUGCAUUUCAAUGACACAGAAUGAGAAGGUGGCUAGGAGAGCUGCAAAGGAAAUGUUUGCUAGUUUAUCCGAUGGACGGGAGUAUAUUACGUCGAUGCAGUUACAGCGCAAGAUUUUGUUGACAGUGGUAGACGAUGAAGUUUCUAAACCCUCGUACGAUUCUUGUCAACAAGAGGAAUUGGGAUACAAAGCAUCUACAUCUAACUUAGUUGGAGAACAUGCCUCAUCAACCACUGGAAGUUCCCUAGAUGGGUAUAAGAACAAUGCUGAUGAAGGGGAAUACGAAAUGAUGGAUGGAGACUCACUGUUACAUUGUCGACCACAACACCAAUCAGGGGACAUAUCAAACAAUAGCAACCAUGAUGCGGAGGUGGAUUGGCUAAAACGAUGCCGUGAAAUGCCCUCUGAUGUCGCUAAUCAAAAGCUGACCGAGGAUCAUUUGGUGACAGCAGCAGUCGACUACUCACAUGGCCUACUGCCUGCUGUCACUACCACGUUGUGUCUCCUGGAACCUGAUCCAAGAGCGCUGGAUCGGAUACCUCUCGUUCAACGUUCUAUUCUUCAUCCGUUGCUAGCUCUUCAUAUUCUGUACCUUAACAUUAUCAAAUAUUUAGGCGUUAGAAGCUUGGCUUUCUUGUCUCUAGUCAGAUCAGAACUGCAAUUAGUUAUGUUACUUAUUGCCUAUACAAUACUUAGCGCAGAUAAUGUCCUCAACCUCUUUCCGAUGCUGCUUUACUACACAUCGUUUGGUAUCAUGGUGUGCUGCACAUUCAGGUGUCUUCAGGAUCGUCGCGAACUGACUGAAUACCGCAUGUGGUCGAGUCUUUUCAUCACGUACUCAGGAGGUGGCCUAAACACCGACUAUCUAGAACAUCAAUACAUCAGGAACAACCUGAGACCGUAUGGUCAUUUCUUUUUGGCGCUACUAGUCAAUCUUCUAGUCUAUCCUAUAAUAUCAGACAGGUGGAUUCCUCAGUCUGAGCUCACUGUGAUAUCCUUCCUCCUCACCUUUAUCACUCUACUUGGACUGAUCCCGAAACGCGGAAGCCGUCGCCAGCGCACAAUCUUCUUGGAUCCUUUAACCCUAUUCAGCUUCGCCGUCAAUGUGCUCGCCAAGUAUCCUUACGAAACGGACCCAGUCGUGGCGCAGGGCUGGCGCUUCCUCGACCUUCAUAUCCCCACUUUCCCUAGCUACGUCAUCGGCAACGGCAUCGAGUUCUGCAUCAACUUCAAGCUGCUCCUUUACGCUCUCAUUCCUUGCCUUUUGAUUAAAAUGGCUGCGAGGGAGGAUUGGAAAGGCACUUACAAGUACUUGAUUCCUCAUUGCAUGACACUUAGCUGGUUACAGGUAUGCAUUAUAAGCGCAGAAGCCGCAACCAUGCUGGGCAUACUACGUGGUACAUUGGCUUUGGUCGGCGUGGUUCUCUUCCUACCUAUGCUUGGAGUGACUAGCGUUCUCCUACCAGUUCUCGCUCUCACCAAAUGGCUGGUUGCAUCCACCAACCUCAUCUACUCUGUCUGCAUGUUCGUCGCAUUGAGUGGUAUUGGACUCGCCGUCUGCUACCUGCUCGCGAAGACUAGGUACAGCAGAUAUACUGCAGUUGUGCAGAUUGUGCUCAUGGUAGCUGCGUUCUGCUUCCUCGUUACAUCGGCGCCUGUGCAGGAAAAGCAGCAUCUUGAGCAUCACGCAAAGAAACCAGAACAGACGCUCAGGUGGGAGGUAUUCCAACGCUUCUGCCAUCAGCCGGUGUGGCAGGAUGAAAACAUAGCUGUCUAUCAGACAAAGUGUCACGAAUUGAUGGGCAGUGUCGUGCAUUGGAAUGGUUACGUCAAUGAGAUCAAGAUCCGUAGCAUCAAAAAUGGAUACAGGACUUUAUUUGAUACGUUGUUGCCUCAAAAGUUGGCCAGCUAUGCAUACUGCUGGUAUGGAGAUAAGCUUCAUGAUAAUUGCUCAAAAUUCUCCGAACUGGCGAAAGACGACUGUGAAUCGUUUCAUGAUGCAAUACGAUCAGCUAAUGGUCACGACUGUACUCUUAGCAAAUAUGACACUUACACCUUUGAAGUCACUGUCAGAAUGGCCGCCGGAAUGUGGAGCAAAGCACCAGAAGUUGUCCUGCUCGCUGAUGAUUUCUUCAGGUCGUUCCUCUUGAAAUUGAAGCCAACCGACCGCUUGUGGUUCAAAGGACAACUGAUCAACGAUGAGGCAUCUGGAACAGACGCUAUUUUAGGAGGACUGCGACCUCACGUCCGCCCCUCCGAGCUAGGCUGCAUCUCGUGCCAGGACACACGCCUCACGGAAAUAAAAAUGUCUACCCAAGAUCAUUCUACCGUAGCAACAGUGCGCGACCUGCUUGAUCUCCUACGCGUCGGAGCUAAGUUUAUUGGCAAUAUUUUGUUCAGACCGAUCGUCAUUUUCAAAUAAAGCUUUCAAUUAUUUUGUGAUAUAUUGUCAUUAUAUAAUUUUUUUCACCAUUAAUGCACGUAAACGUGUUAUGGAUUUACGUUCUUUAGAUAAUGGACCCGUUCACAAAUAUAUUUUUACAUCUUUAUCAGCACGCCAGAAAGACAUUUAUUUCCUCAUAUAACAAAAAACUCGUUUGCAUUCCAUAAAUGAAAGAAAUAUUUGCUUACGUUUACAAAUUCUGUUCCACUUCCUAUCUUGGUGACAUCUUUGGAUAUGUUACAUAGCUAGCUCCUCGUGUCAUGUCCGCCGUUAUUAUACAGGGUAUUCCGUACACCGUACACAUGGUGAAAUGGACCCGUUUCAUAUGUAAAAAUAACAAAAAAUUAAAUUAAUUUUGAUGAAUGUACGGGUUCAUGUAAACACGCCAACAUAUCUUAGACACCAUUGAAUCGUUUUUGUUGAAAUUUUGCACGAUUACAAAGUUACCUAGGUGUAACCUAAAAGUGCACCGAAGGUUGAAUAAUCCAGUGUGGGACUUUUCUCACUUGUUUUUAUCAAAAUCAACAGCCUAACUUCGGAUGUCUUUUUUCAAUAGCCUGUCUGGAGGAAUAUUCUUGAUACUUUUCGUCUGAUUGUUUGGUGGCGCUUUUUUAUGCUUUUUAAUAGUUAAUCCCUUAAAAUUAUGUGAAUACUUUUAUGGAAGAAUGUGAUUACUUAUUUCCUUAUUACUUUCAAUCUUCAAAAAAACCGCUUUUCUUGAAAAC